UCGAGAAAAAAAAUGAAAAUCAAGUAUGUUGUAGACUUUGAUAAGGCGCAUCGACUGGUUCUAGUCUCAUUUGCGCUCAUAUGACCUUAGCAGUUGCGAGCGCCGUAAAACCUUAUACUAUACUAUACUAGUCUCAUUUCCCGUUUUAAAUAAUUAAAAAAUACACAACUUAAACAUUAUCUUGUAUCAAUAUUAUAGUGUCCUGAACAACAUAAAAUAGUUUUUGCUUACUCUUGGAAACCUCGUAUUUUGAUUUACGACAAUGACGAAUGUCGGCGACCAUUUGUCUCCUCAGUUAAACCAAUUAAUGUUUGCCUGAGAGAUUCCCCAUUUGACAACAAUACGUCACAAAAUGAGCUCCAGGCCGGAAUCUUCUCUUUGAAUUUCACCUCCUGGUGCUGCCUUUCGCCAACAAAUUAUACGAGUACAAAUGUGAUUCCUCUUUGGUAGAGUCAAACUCAAAUGAAAGGUGACCAAAAGAUACUUCGUACCUUGUCUUCCAAUAAAAAGGAUUGUUUCUAUAUCACAUGUGUUAUGUUAGGCCAUGGGAAUAGGUUUGGCAAACUCUUUUAGAUAGCAUUAUAGAAUAAUGUCAUAGUCAGAGACGACAACAUUGUCUUCAUGGACCAUGAGAAGGUGUUUGACACACAAUAUAAUAUACACACGUAUAAUAUUCUGUCAUUAGCAAGCAUCAGGCUGAAGCAAACGAAUACAUUAUUUCUUUCAUCAUGGGACGAAUAAAGUGUUUAUUAUCUAAUCUUACAGCGUUGAUACUCCAUCCAUUAGAUGGAUCCACUGUCUUUCCAGGACGGACAAAGGCGAACACAGACGAGUUUUAACUCUCACUUUUUCUCCAGAUUGUGGCGUCAAUAGUACACUGGUACCAUGGGGAGGUGGGGGGUGACUGCCUCACGUUGGAGCUGCAUGUCGGCGGUCUGUCUCAUCUUGGCCACAUCGAGUUACUCACAGCGAGCUACGGCUAUGCAGCUGUUUGAUACUAAUCGCAUGCCAAAAGAGGCAGAACUGGUUCCCAUUGACAUAACAGCCUUGACUUUUGCCUCGCCGCGGUCUCGAGGUCUGAAUGGGGAGAGCAGAGCAGAUGAAUCAGAUGACCACAUGCCCUCCAGUCUAGAAGUAGACUUCAUUUGUCGCGGAAAGCGUCAGCACUUCAGGCUAGAGCAGCAUAGUGGUCCAAGUUCACCCCUGACCCCGAAAUCUGACCCGGGCGAAAUCCCUCUCCUGACACGAACCUCGUCCACAGGACCAGUGCAUGUUGACCACAUUCCCAGAAUUUUCUCUCGUCACUGCCGCACUUACCAAGACAAAGACAGCCAGGCUGUGUUCUUAGUCAUCCGUGAUUUCGAAUUUUCCUCUUUCAAACUCUUUGGAAGUUUUCUUAUGAGUGAUGGGCAGUUCUUCAUCGAACCUUUCAACUCAUCAAACUCUAAAGACUCGAAGCGUCUCCAUUUAGCGACUUCAACACCCAAUCUGGAUUUCUCGUCUGAUAGCGGGUCUGUACUUCUCAGAACGGAAGGUCAACAUUUGAAAAAGCUGAAGAAGCGUCAGACAUUUGCUCCUAGGAGGGACAGCAGACGACAAGAACAGCAAACCGGAAGCGGAAACGGGAACAGAAACGGAAGUCGUCAGCGAGGCUUCGUGAGGGCCCAAAGAGAGGCUAUGUUUAACUACGAGGUGGAGGUCAUUAUUGCCUGUGAUUUUCUUUGCUAUCAGCGUUUUCAGACGCUUUAUGACAUCACUGACUCAUUGAAGACAAAGAAUGUGAUCGCCCUGUACUUCUCCUUUGUGAGAGAGGUGCUGAAGAUCUCCUACGCCUCUGUUCACAAACUGUACCCAGAGAUGAAUAUGGACAUAGACGUGUCUGUUCCAGCUCUGUUCAUUGCAGACUCACCUGACAUCAAG